GUGAAAGAAGAGAGGAAGACCCGGCUUUUAGAUAUAAAAAAUUAAACAUGGCGGCUUCCAUGAAAAUGUGACUUUCACGUCGCUAUUGGAUUUUGGGAGAAGUUCGUAUGUUGAUGAAUGAUGUCAGACAAGGCUUCAAGCAGUCUGUUGGUGAUUGUGCUGGACACUAACCCAGUGUGGUGGGGAGAGAAUCUUAAUGCAGCACAGAGCAGUAGCAAGUUGAGCCUGUCACAGUGUGUGGAUGCAGUGAUGGUGUUUGCUAAUGCUCACCUGAUGUUGGGGCAUCACAACCAGCUGGCUGUCAUCGCGGCUCACACCAACCAGAGUGAGUUCCUGUACCCAGGGAGGUGGCAGCAGCAGUCGACACAGGGGGACGGAGAUACAGAGGCAGAGCAGUAUCGCCAGGUGGAUGGGAAAUAUGAACUGUUUGGCCGGGUCAACUCACAGAUACAGGCUCAGAUCCAACAGCUGGUAUUACAAGGCUUGGAGGGAGAGCUGUACUCAGACUCCCUGAUUGCAGGACCUCUCACCAUGGCGCUGUGCUAUAUCCAUCGGAUGGAAAAGGAAAGUGCAUCUGGGGUCUCCAUGACUUCAAGAAUCUUGGUGAUAAAGGGAUCUGAAGACAACCCCACCCAAUACAUGAACUUCAUGAAUGCUGUGUUCACUGCUCAGAAACAGAAUGUGGUGGUGGAUGCUUGUAUCCUGGACAACGAGUCAGGACUGUUGCAGCAGGCAUGUGACAUCACAGGUGGGAUCUACCUCAAGGUGCCUCAGAUGUUGGGUCUACUUCAGUACCUGUUGUGGGUGUUCCUGCCCGACCCAGUAGUGAGGGACAAGCUGACUCUACCCCCCAAGGACCAGGUGGACUACCGAGCGGCCUGCUUCUGCCACCGCAACCUCAUCGACGUGGGAUAUGUCUGCUCCGUCUGUCUUUCAAUUUUCUGCAACUUCAGUCCGAUCUGUUCGACAUGUCAAACAACAUUCAAAUUUCUUGGUCCACCAAAAUCGUUAAAGAAGAAGUCAAAGAAGACAAGCUGAUGAUUGUGUUAACGUCUGAAGAUCAGCAUGUAUACCAAGUGUGUAUCAAUGUGUUUGAGCUGAUAUCCAGAAGACAAGCUGAAGACAUCUGAUGUGGAGCAGAUAUACCAUGUGAAUAUGAUGGUACACAGAAACACUCUAGGACUUAUAUACUACACCAAUCUGUGCCAAACACGUUUCAGACUAAUCUCUGAUACUUGUCUCUCGAUGUUAGUUGGAGCAUUAUAAUAAUAUACCGUCAAGUUCUCAAAGUCGAAAGACUUUGAGCUUGUUACAGAUUGCCAGUGUUGGUGGUUGAGCUGAUAUAGUGAUGGUGAGAACUAUAUGGCUACAGAUCUGUGCUGGUUCCUAUACAGUUUGUACAGAAGUGAUUGUGUUGGAGUGAUGUGGAAACAUGGGAAAGAAUUCUACAAUACCUUACUAUUCCACUGAUCUGUUGAACCACAUACAAAAGUGGUAAAUAAAUAUACACAUGUACAAA